CAACUGUUAUCCUUUGGUUUCGUGAACCCCACCCCAGAAUUCGCGAUCAUACAACCUAUGCCAGUUGUCAUCCCUUUUGCAAAAACGACAAACGUCCCUUGACCGAUCUUCGAUCCAAAACCUUUCUCUUCACAGUCAACGCACCCUUGGCACCCCUCACUUGCGUAACUUUGACUAGUAUCUCUUGGUCAUCAGCAAUGAAUUCUAUCAGCAAAAUCGAGUAUUUAACUUUUGCGUGUUUGUAGACGGGGGAAACCGCCUAUGCUAUUGUCGAUCUCGAUGUAUACGUCGAUAGGCGGCCAGACGACUACCACCCUAGUGAGACCAAACCCUGUUAAUCGUUGCCAAGGGUCCAAGGCCAACCAGCCCGACUUGUCCGAGUAGCAACUUGGCGGAAGCAAUAUUUCCCCAAAGAAAAAGCAUUUUUGUCUCUAAUUAUCAGUCAGCAGUCUUUGUCAACCCGCGCGCCUUGCGCUGUGCCCACUCACGUACCAACCUGCAAACAAAACACGAUUUUAUGCGUUGGAUAGCUAGGUAACCAACUACAACUACCUACCCAAUCUACCAACCCAGGUACCUUGGUCCCAAUUGAUGCCAAAGUCGACAAGAUAUUAGGGCAUCAAAUUACCAAGGUACGUUACCCACAGUAAUUCUGAGGAUAGCACCUUUACCCGCACAGCUCCCAGUCAGUCAGUUUGUUUCGUGCUGGGGUAGGUACCUGCCGUUCGCAUGUUCGCAUGCCACCCCAUCAUCUUGCCUCCCGUCAUGGAUAAGCAAACCCCGAGAACCUCAGAACCUGCCUAUUCAGCUCAAGCUCAAGCUCAGCCUUGCAUCAAGACCUGAAGGAAAGAGCGAUCCAGUGUCGCUCUGCCGUUCCACCCGGUACCAACUCGGGGACUUCCAUGUACCCGUCUGCUCUAGGGGAUGGAUCCUCUUUUAGAAUAUCCACCACGGUAGAAUCAAGCAAAGCCGGCCCGCCCAUUCUCCGCUUGCCACAAUCUCCCUUUCUUGUUUUCUAAGUCAUUACACCUCUUUGCUAUUGGUGCCCAAUAAUAUCUCGUCGUUUGCCUCUUUCUUCUUCCUUUCCUUCAAUAACAGUCAAAUCGCCCCAUCAGUACACGAAUUUGGGGGAUUGAAUCUGUUUUUUUUUUCUUUCUUUAUUUUGUGUCUUUUCAUGUUCUGUCAGUUGCUUUUGUAGCUCAUGCCCGCCGCCAACGAGCGCAUCCUAGUCUAGACCUGGUCAAAUCCUCGAGUCGCAUCUCCCGGUCCUUGCUCGACGCCCGUCCCCACGAGCAUCGAGAGGGGUUUAUGGAUCAGCCGCGAUGUCAGCAGAUUUUGCCAGUCUCAGCAUUGCCGAAUUCCUGACCUCCGACCCAAGGCCUACUUUCGUUGUCGAGCUCGACGGGCCCGAAAACAAAUCACUAUCGUCACCCGCCAUAGUAUACUUCAAUCCAGCCCUCAAUCGCAAUGCAACUCUUUCGGCGGUCAUAUCGGAGCUGUCUCGAAAUCGCCAUGCGGAGACAUGGAGAUGGGUGACGGCGCACACAAAACCUGUCGCCGAGUCCUCAAAGCUGCACGUCGGCGUCUACUGGACCCGAACUACUAUACAAGACCGAUGGGUUGUGGUCAGUGGGAACGCACAGGCCCCCGAUACAAGACAGCACAGUCCACUGUCGCCUCUUCCAACACCCCCUCAAGAUGCCAAGGAUUUCUUGCCCAAGAGCAUAAUGACCGGUGGGCGAGAGGCUUAUGAUACGGGACUUCCACUCCAAAUAACACCCGACGAAGAACCGCGAACGAUCGAAUUGGUACCCGCCGGCGGCUCAAUCGACACCCAAGGGCGACGAGAUGACUCGGUCGAUCAGGAAUGGACCGUGUCGACUUCAGGAGCAGACGAGGAGCCGUUUUUCAAAAUCAUCACUGCAUAUGACUGGGCUUCCACACCCCUUGGUCCUCACCAUACUUGGUCGCCUCAGCUUCAACAUGCCGUCAACCAGAUUAUGGUGGACUCACGAUGUCUGGCAGUAUAUUGGGGAAGCGACUACACGGCAAUCUACAAUGAAGCUUUUAGCACCCUAUGUGGCAAGCGGUACAGCACUGCUCUGGGCAAGCCUGUCGAUGAAAUCUGGCCGGGGAAGGGCGAGCAUUUGAGAGCCAAGAUGGCUGAGAGCGCGCUCCGAAAGCGGCCAAACUGCAUUGAGGAAGAGUGCUGUGUCUUUGUGGGAGGGGCGGACGGGUCUCUGCGUGAGACGUAUUUGAAGUGGUCACUGAUUCCGUUAACAGAAUACGGGAAGGUUGUGGGAUUCAUACACUCUGUUAUCGAGAUUACCUCUAUGCGGCUAUGGGAGCGACGCAUGAAGAUGCUCAUCGAUCUUGGAGAGUCGCUGGUCACUGCCAGAGACAUCAAGGCAUACUGGAGGAAGACCAUCGAGCAUCUGGAAGCCGUAAGGCCCACCUACGACAUCCCGCUGGCGAUUCUGUACUCUGUCAGCGGCAGGAGGAACUCCGGAGACUCGUCCGAUUCGAACAACAGGAACGAACCUAGACUGUGCCACCUCGAAGGCUCGCUGGGCGUUCCCAGGGGCCAUCCCAUUGCACCGCCUAGGCUGAACCCUCAAGUCAGCGAUAGGGGUCUUGCUGCAGCUUUUAGACUAGCCCUCCAAGAAUUAAAGCCCAUUCCGAUUCGAAUGGAUACCGAGAACUUCCCACCUCAACUUUUGGAAGGUCUCCAAUGGCGUGGAUUUGGAGACCCCUGCCAAGAAGCGCUCGUUUGUCCCAUAAGACCGACCAAAGACGAAGAAGUCAUGGGGAUUUUAGUCCUCGGCCUGAAUCCUCGGCGGCCCUACGACAAUGGAUAUCGACAGUACAUCUCUCUUUUCGAUCAGAUGCUAAGAACCUGCUUGGCCUCGACCGUCUUGCUUGAAGAGGAGGCACGUAGAGGCAAAAAGGCUGCCAAGCAAGCUGCUCAGAACCAGGCCUUGCUGAUGGAGAAAAUCGGCGAACAGGCCAAAGAAGCCAAUGAGUUCAUGCAACGAUUUGAGUCGGUGGCCCAGUUUUUGCCGGUCGGUGUCAGCUUUGGAGACGGCCAGGGGAAUAUCACAUUUGCCAACGAUGCCUGGUACAGGAUUACUGGGAUUCAGCGGAGCCGCCAACAAAAUGGACACAUAUCCACAGAGGAUUUCUUAGCUGUGGUUUUGGACGAGGACCGCAAGGUCGUGGUGCGUGCUAUUAAUGGCCUUAGACGAGGCGAAAACGCGACAUUUGAGUUCAGGGUCAAACGAUACGACCGGAAUGAAGGAAAUGGAGCCUUGACGCCUCUGUCCGGGGUUCAAUCUCCAAGCUUCGAAAAGGCGGGAAUGGAUUUGGUGGGACUUGGUGACACCAGAGUGUGUCUUGCCUCGGCCAAGCCGGAGAUGUCCGCAAACAGCAACAAGCCCACACGCAUCAUGAUUUGCUUGACCGACGUUACGCUACACAAGAGGACGGCGGAGGAAGCUGUGCGUAGGGCACAGCAAGCCGAGAACCUAAAGCGGAUGGCCGAGCUCGCGACCGUCGGGAUGUACGGUAUGGAUCUGGAGGGAACGCUUCUUGAGGCGAACAAAGUUUUCUAUGAGAUGUGCGGCAUCAGAAAAGCCGACGAUUCAAAAACAAGCGGGCAUUACACCAAGCCGUUCGAUCAGUGCGUUGUCGCCGAGGAUCUCGACGUCUUGAAGGGAGCAAUUUCUCGUUUGGUCAGCGAAGGGAAGACGCAAACCGCAGAGUUAAGGUUCAAGAAAGACUGGUCAAUUGAGGACGAGGAUAGUGGUGUCAGGGUUGUAGCUCCACGGUGGAUGGUUGCGACAUUGAUGCCUGUGAGAGAUGCGGAUGGUGUUAUCUGCUCCUUCACGGGCUGCUUGAGCGAUGCGUCACUGCAAAAGUGGCAGCUGGAACGGGAGAGGCUGCGCAAGGAGGAUGCCAUCGAGUCCAAACGACAACAAGAAAGCUUUAUUGACAUGACGUCGCAUGAGAUGAGGAAUCCGCUUUCCGCCAUCAUUCAUUGUGCCGACGCUGUGAUAGCAUCGCUAACCAGAUGCCAGAGGAUUGAGCAGCGCGCGCUGGGCAAUGAGAGCAAGCAGGGCGGAUUGUCCCAAAAGCUCGAGAAGCUGACGGUUGGCCGUGGAAACGAGGGACGCGGCUGGGUCAAGGAGAUUACGAGCCCAACAACAGCCGAAGUCGCAGAUAACUCGUUGUUGGCUCAUCCCAGCAGCUUCGGGGCCUCUGCCGAUCGUCCCCAGCUCAUCAAGAACGGCAUCGAUAACGCAGAGACGAUUAUUUUGUGUGCGCAGCACCAGAAGCGUAUCGUUGAUGACAUUCUUACCAUGUCCAAGCUCGACUCGAAGCUCCUGGUUGUGACGCCUGUGACCGCCGAUCCGAUCCAGAUAGUACAAGAGUCUCUCAAGAUGUUUGAGGUCGAAGCCCGUCGCGUUGAUAUCGAGUUGAGGAUGACAGUCGACCAGUCUUAUCGAGAUUUGGACAUUGAGUUUCUAAAUCUGGGCCCCUCGAGGGUAAAGCAAGUUCUCAUCAACCUCCUGACCAAUGCGCUCAAGUUCACAUCCGGUUCCGGGCCUACCAGGGUGGUGUCAGUGGGAAUCAGCGCGUCUACAAAACGACCGGACGAGGGCACGUCGGCCGUACAGUUCAUCACUCGAGAAGAUGAUUCGGUAGGGGAUAAGAAAGCGAGAGAAACUGAUGAUGACAACGACUAUAAGCAAGUGGAUGGAGGGUGCGACGAUGGGAAGCCUAAGAAUGGACCCAUCUGUAUCAUGUUCGAGGUGAAGGACACGGGGCAGGGUCUGAACGAACAGGAAAAGAAGAUUUUGUUCAAGCGAUUUGUGCAGGCUUCCUCGCGGACGCACGUUAAGUACGGCGGGUCUGGACUUGGUCUGUUCAUUUCGCGACGACUUACCGAGAUGCAAAAUGGAGCGAUCGGUGUUGCGUCCUCACCUGGCGUCGGGUCAACAUUUGCGUUCUAUAUUCAGACUUCGUGGCCGGAUCAGGAGGCACUUGAGGAGGCACGUAGCUCGGCUAAGGUCCUGGCUGCUGCCGCUGAAAGUUCCGGAACACCUCCAAAGACCAGCAAGCCGGUUCACAAGCGGCCUCCGCUGGUCUCAUCUCGCGUCCCUCCGUCGCCCAUGCGGGAGGAUAUUGGCGUCAAGGGCAUAAUGAUUGUGGAGGAUAAUCUGAUAAACCAACAGGUCACGCGACGAAUGCUCGGAGAUCGUGGCUACGCCGUCGAUGUUGCGAAUCAUGGAUUGGAGGCUUUGGAAAAGCUCAGGACGUCGAGCCGAUUCGUGGGCAACGAUUCAGAUCUUGCCAAGAAGGACAACCUACCCAACAUAAGCGCCAGUAGCCACAACGGGAUUGCAGCAGCGGCUAUCGCUGCUGCUGUAUCUACGACCACCGUGGAGCCAAGCAGCAAAUUUGAACUGGACGUUAUCCUAAUGGACAUUGAGAUGCCCAUACAGGACGGUCUCGCGUGCACGCGCGCAAUUCGAGAACUGGAGCGACAGGGCAAGAUUAUCACACGACCUGGGCUUGGGACCAGCAGGCUGCCGAUCAUCGCUGUGAGUGCCAACGCGCGCAUGGAGCAGAUUCUCGAGGCAAAGGCCGCAGGCUGUGAUGACGUCCUGGUCAAACCCUAUCGCAUGCCCGAGCUCAUGGAGAAGAUGAGAAUAGUGUUGAACAGUCUGAGGGCGACUUCACCUGCCGGCAGCGAGUGACCAGCAGCAGCAGAUGGACAGGGCUAGGAAAAGCCCAGCCGGUGUGACGACCCUUCGCCGGAUUCAUCGUCCUUCUUUCUGGCAACUUACGAGUCUGCCUCUUUGUUCUUUUUUUUUUCUCCUUCGAUAUUCUCGUCUUUGUCCUCGGUGUAUAACUUCACACAUAUUUUCCCACCAUUCUUUAUGACUUGGCUUACUUUUAUGUGAAUGAUUAUGGAUGGGGCAUUGGCAGGCACCCCGCCCUACGCAUGGAUGGAUUUUCUUUUCCGUGUCAUUUCCUCCAGGGGAGUUUAAGAGGCAGGGACUUUUUUACUUUUUUUAUUCAUUUCUGUGCUAUUAAGUUAUCUUUAUUUAUGACGAUCACCGAGUGCGGGUGUUUUGGUGUUUGGGGGGAUUUCAUGUCACGAGACGGAGUUUCUGCAUCACGACUGGCAUUGCCACGGAGUUAGGUUUAUUCACGAGGAUCUUGAUUUUGUUUGCUGGGAGACGGGUUCCGUCUCGAAGGGCUUGAGUGGCAUGCACGUCUAUAGACAUCAUUAGAGAUAGACGCUUGAGCCUGAUAAUGAAACUUUGCCUUAGCUGUCCGUGUAUGGUCAGCUCAGUGAUUUGCAAACAUGAUACUACAAGAGUUAAUACAAACAGGUUCAUCGGU